AUGUCGUUGACAGAUUCUACAGCAGUCGAUAUUGCCUAUAGCGCAUCGCUCGCCUCGCGCCGCCUGGCAACUUUAUCCAAUUCUGCUCGCAACGAAGCUUUGACGGCUCUUCAUCAUGCAUUGGAUGUGAAUCGGGAUGUAAUCCUUUCUGCCAAUGCCAAGGAUCUGGAAAUCGCAACUCGUGCGGCUGAGAGCGGGAACUUGAGUCAUAGCGUGCUCAAGAGACUCGAUCUUUCGCGGCCUGGAAAAUAUGAUGACAUGCUGGAUGGAAUAUUGAGCGUCCGAAAUUUGGAUGACCCUAUUGGCAAAGUGACACUGCAAACCCUCCUUGAUGAGGGUCUGACACUCGAAAGAGUCAGCUGCCCAAUUGGUGUUUUGCUUAUCAUUUUUGAGGCCCGCCCAGAGGUGAUAGCAAACAUCGCUGCAUUGGCUAUCAAGUCGGGAAAUGCUGCUAUUCUGAAAGGCGGAAAGGAAUCGACGGAGUCCUUUGUGGCAAUCGCAAACGUUGUCUCCAAAGCUAUUGCCAGCUCUCAGGUGCCAGUGUCGUCUAUUCAGCUAGUCAGAACACGUGAUGCCGUGUCUGCUCUCCUGGCACAAGAUUCGUUAAUUGACCUGGUCAUUCCUCGAGGUUCCAACGAACUCGUCCGCUUCGUGAAAGAUAAUACCAAAAUCCCUGUGUUGGGACAUGCCGACGGCCUUUGUUCAGCUUACAUACACGCCGAUGCCGAUAUCGAUACUGCCGUGAAAGUGAUUGUGGACUCCAAAACCGACUAUCCAGCAGCAUGCAAUUCACUGGAGUCCUUGCUUGUCCAUGAGGAUACACUUGAAUCUGUGUUCCCGGUGGUUGCUGCCGCUCUUUUAGAUAAAGGUGUCGCUCUUCGCUGUGAUGCUGCCUCGAAAUCUGCUUUGACGAAGAUUUUGCCAGCCGAGAGAGCAGCGCAGGUACAGCUGGCCACCGAAUCUGACUAUGACACCGAGUUUUUGGACCUUGUGCUGGCAGUGAAAACGAUUCCUUCAACGAAACCCCCAAUCACAGCUGUGGAGGCUGCCAUUGCCCACAUAAACGUGCACUCGUCCAAGCAUACGGAUAUCAUUUUGACCCAGUCGCAAGAGGCCGCGCACAUGUUCACGAGUGGAAUUGACAGUGCGGGUGUUUUCUGGAAUGCAUCAUCUAGAUUUGCUGAUGGGAUGCGCUUUGGUUUUGGGACCGAGGUUGGCAUCAGCACGAACAAAAUUCAUUCCAGAGGACCAGUUGGACUUGAGGGCCUGACCAUCUACAAGUAUUUGAUCCGGGGGAAUGGUCACCGGGCAGGAGACUACCAUGAUGGCAAAGGUGGGCGUAAAUAUCUCCAUACAAAUCUGCUCAUGGACCAAUAA